ACAACACUUUUACCGUGCGCAUUUCUGAUAGUGAAAGGUGUAUUUUAUUCAGGCUACCAAAUGAAAUUUUAUAUAAAAAUACAAAAAAGUAUAUAAAAAGUUGAGUUUUAUAUUUUGGAGUAAUAUGAAGGGAAUAAACCUUCAAUCAAAUUGCCGUCUACUAAAUUGAAUAAAAAAGCAAAUGGGCGUUCACAGUUCACUAGCGAAUUUAUUGGCCAUUUUAGUUGUGAGCACUGUUGGAUUACAAAAACCGAUUGGAAUUCAAACAUGUUCGGAUGAUAUUCGUCAAGUUUGUGAUUGUUUUUACUAUCCCAUUCUCUCAGUUCGAUGUUCACAUAAAAAUUUGAGCGAAUAUCCCAAAUUAAGUGCGAUUCAGAAUGUCAUCGAGAGAUUGGACAUGUCAUACAAUGAGCUGACAAUAUUUCCACCGAAGUUGAUCAAUUAUUUUGCAUUAGAAGUCCUCGAUUUAUCAUACAAUCGCAUCAUUUUCAUAUCGCAAAAUGUGAUGCUUCCGAAUAAUUUGCGUCAUUUGAAACUAUCGUACAAUAAUAUUAGUGAAUGGUUCAACUUUAUGCCGAAAUCAUUUAUAAAAUUCGCUUCGAAUUUGGAAACACUGGAUUUGGCUGGAAAUCCAUUGGGUUCCUUCAAAGACGAUCAACUAUGGUUAAUUAGCAGCAGUCUGAAAAGAAUCGAUCUGAGCAAUUGUCAAAUUCAUCAAAUUGCCGGCUCAUCAAUGUUAAGCGGUUUAAUUAAUUUGGAAUAUUUGAAAUUGAGUUCAAAUCCAUUACAUAGUCUAAUUGAUUUGAAAGCGAAAAAGUUGAUGAGUCUGGAUGUGAGUGAAUGUACAUUGGCAAUGUUACAACCAACAGUUUUUUCACAUAUGCCGGCUUUAACUUAUGUGAAUUUCAGUGGUAACCAUCAUUUGUCACUCGAAACGAAGGGUACGUCGAAUGAAAAUGAGUACGUUGAAUCGGUGUCAUUGCGACAAAUCGAUUUGUCAAACUGCAACAUGAACAACGUUGAAUUAAGGGGCUUUCCAAACAUCACAUGGGUUAAUUUAAAUGGAAAUUUAAUAACCGAACUCCUCGAUGACACAUUUGGCAAUAACAUUUUGAUCGAACAUUUGGGAUUAUCAUCAAAUGCAAUAAGCCGCAUUCCUGUGCACGCUUUUCAACGCCUAAAGCAACUACGAAGCAUUGAUUUAUCACUAAAUUCGAUUCGGCAAAUUGAAGCCGAUACUUUUGCCGAAAAUAAUCUACUCACAUCGAUUAACCUGAGCCGAAACUAUAUCGAUCGAUUCCGACGGUUUACGUGCGAUGGUCUAACGUUCUUGAAUAUGAGCCGAUGCCAAAUUGUGGAAAUUGAUAGAGACGCCCUUGAAAAUCUUCACGAGCUAAUUGAAUUGGACUUGUCAUAUAAUAUGUUCAGCGAAUUACCGAACCAAUUUGUAGCUCCUUUUCUACAAAUAUUGGAUCUUAAACGAUGCAGGUUAUCGCAUAUAGACAAUCAAACAUUUUCAAAUUUUCCGGAGUUAUCGCGCUUAAAUUUGGCCGGAAAUCGCCUCACAAUCACAUUACGCGAGGAAUAUUUCGCAAACAAUCUGUAUUUGAAUGAAAUUUGGUUGGGCGAUAACCCCUGGCGUUGCGACUGUGAUUUGAGAAGUCAUUCAUUUUAUGAAUACAUUCAUGAUCAACCAUCAAGGAUAAAAGAUCCAUCGCAAUUCCGAUGUUAUUCACCGAAAAACGCACUGGGUGAAAUGUGGGAGGUGGCAUGCUCAGCUUAUUGGAAUGAAAGACCUAGAAAAAUGACUUCAUUUGAAAGAGUUUGGACAAUAUUUAUAGCCAUUUUACUCGCUAUUACGAUCGUUUAUUCGGUUAUAUGCGGUAUUAAAUGGUGGAUACAAUACCGAAGGGAGGCGCGUGACGAGCAACAGCGACAGGAAAAUCUUGAAACAACAAGAGAAUUAAUGCGUCAUAAUCAAAUAGUGCUUGAGCAAGAAGGUCAACUAAAUGCCCCCGAUCCCCGUGAGACACACCCACCCUCUUAUGCUGAUGCAAUUCGAAUGCCACGGCUUCAAGCAUCUUUUAUUUCACUGAAGCAAACUUUUGCCAGCAGUGACUCAAUGAACUCUAUUCGUCGAGCCACAAAACGAUGCAGAAGUGAAGAGUUCAUUGGUGACGAUGCAUCGAACAAAAAUCGUCGAAUUAUUUUGGCGGCCCGUUCGAGAAAAAAUCAAAUUCAAAAUUGGAUCAAACGUUCUGGCGGUGAUUCAAAUGCAAGCAUAAGUGGAUUUGUGAAGAAUAAUUGCGUUGAAACGGGUGGUCAAAGCCAAAACAGCUUUGAAAUAAUCACUCAACUUGAGACCGAAGACGGAAACAGUCCAUAUUCUAAAAGAAAACCACAACCAGAGUCUACCGCACAAAUUCAAUCGAGCUUAGAAUCAUUGAAUGAACCAAUCUAUGCAAAUGGAUAUAUUGCGGCCGAACAUAGCUAUUAUCGCAGUGAAAACAGCUUAACCGAGAGCGAAAUACCUCAAACAUCAAAAUCACAUUAUAUUUCAAAUGAAACACUGUAUUCAACAUCGUCUACUUCAUCAUUUAGUUCGGAUGAACAUUAUUCAAAUUAUUAUCAUCAAAACAGUUACUCAUCCAAACAAUCAGACGUUUAGAUUUAAUUCACAAAUGUCAAUUGCACAUUAAUUUUAAGACAUUUUCCCUUAUCGAACAAACUUCUAUAUACUUCUGUAUUAUUCGAUGGUACUCGAGUGCAUUAUUUACUGAAAAUUUUAAACCAUUAUACAUACAUAUACUCGUAUGUUACUAACGGAAUUGUUCACUUAAAUAUCAUUUUAACCAUUAUUAUUGAAUUCAUUCCAUUCUCCGAAAUGUUCCCAUUAAUUCAUAGAACAAAAACCCCAUUUUUAGUCGAUUGAAUUACAUCAUAGAAUAAAAUUGACUCCCCUUUGGAAUUUGGUUUUUCGGUUUGAUCGACUUAUAUAGUAUUUAUAAUGUUGUUGGUAUUGGAACCAAAUUUCUUGUGAAAUAUUUGCAUUAGCAUUUUAUUCACACACUACCUUCGCGUAUUUUUUUCGUUGGCGGUAAUCUUGGAUGUCCAAUACUUUCAAUCACGCUACUUGCAUUUUGCGUUUUUAAUCAACACAAUCCACCAACCGCAAGUGAAAACUAAGCAAGAAAUAAUUCAUGGAACAUUUGGACUGUUUGGAGAUGAAUUUGCAUUUGAGCACCUUAUUGGCAGAGCUGGGAACGAACAGUCGGUCGUUCGUUCGUUGAAAUCAUUAAUGAUCGGUCGGUCGUUCGUAAAAAUUGAAAUGUUCGUUGUGUUCGUUCGUAUGUGCGAUCUAACACCGAACACCUCAAGACUUCCGGAUGUUCGGCGCAAAAAUUGUCAAGUCGAGUUUGCAAUUCUCUGUUAAAUUUUUUGAAAUUUACCAAAAAUAAUAAUAAUUAAAUAAAUGAAUUUUCAAAUAUUUUCUAAUUAACAUAAGUAUUUGUUCUUAAUUUGAACACUAACAAAAUAUUAAAUUUCCUUAUAAACGAAUUUUAGGAAAUUCCGUAUAUUUGGUAUAGUCUAUACCUGAAUAGCCUCAUAUUUUCAAUGAUGAAAUAAUAGAUGAAUUUCAUAACAUUUCGUAAUAAAAAAAAUUAAUAUUUUGAACACUUGAAAAAGAAAAUUCAAAGAUCACAGUCGGACAUUGAUGUUCGUGCCCAGCUCUGCUUAUUGGUCAACACAUUGUAAGCUCAUAGCACUUAUUUGCAAUCUUUUCAAAGUUGGGAUGAAAUGUCAUUUUUGCAUAUUUGUAGGAAUAUCCGGAUGCGCCACUUGAAAAGUUCAGAAUAUGCGACAACUUGGAUCAGUGCUUGUCAAGGCUCAAGAGUAAUCCAAGAUUGGCAGUAGCAAUAUCACGUGAGCAUGUCCAUCAUACUCGUUUGGACUUAUCGUCACAUAUUUAGUGUUUUGAAAAGUCACAGAUCAAAUAUCAUCGAAACGAGUAAGGUGCAAUUAAGCACAUUUUUGGUAAAAUUAUUUAAACCUAGUCCCAAGUUUCGACUUUCUCAUGUGCGGACAUUCGACUAUACAUCCCAUUUAUGAAUAUGCCACAAAGUUCUUAAUUUAUAAAGACUUUCGUUUUACAAAAGAACCGGACGAAUUUAUACGAAUGGCAAGUGCUGGUGGACUCAUUGAGUGUCCUAUAAGCAUAAUGAAAAAAAUCUUUAAACAAUUUAGCAUAACUCAUUUUUAUGUAGUUCUUCUUUUCGCCUAUUUUACACCAAAUAUGAUCAGUAAAUAGAUUGAGUUACAGCUAUAUCAGUGCUAUUUUUACAGCUCCUAUUCAUAAACGCUAUUUGCGACAAAAAUGUUUGACUACACUCCUAUAGUUGUAGCUUUUUGAUGUAGAAAAUUUUAUCACUUUAACAACAGUAUAUUCUAGCAUUGAAUGCGUAUGGCUAAGUCUUGCUUUUUUGUAGGAUAUAAAAAUAUCUCUUAAUUUGUGCUAAAUAUAUUUUCAUGUCCUACAAAAUAGCCCGAACUAAAAUCUUCGCCACUGUAGAUUGUAUUCCAGUGACUGACCCUACAGAUAUAGCAACGAUAUUUUUGUAGUUUCUAUUUACAAACGCUAUCUGUACAUAACGUAUAGCGACUGCAAUUUUAUGAUACAAUGCCGAAUGAAAUGUUCGAAAAGCAGACAAAUAGAAAAAUAAUAAAAUAAAUAGGAUAUCCGUGUAAAUUGUGGAUUGUGCCCAAAUGACCCCUGUAUCUGUAGGGUCAGUCUAUAGUAUAUUCAAACGUUUGGCUUGCAAUGAACAAAAUUGCACAAUAAUGGUUGUAUAAAAUAACUUUUAUGAUUAAUUAAAUGUUUUUAUUUAAUAAUAGCUAUAUAUUAAUGUAGUAAAUUUUUA